AUGGAUAUCUCUGCCCCUCUUCUCAGCAACUAUGGUGUUGGUGUUCAGUACCACUGGAGUUAUCCCAGUUCGGACUCUGAGUUCUAUAACGUCUCCUCUCCAGAGACCUGUAUCCUCUCCCCUUCUGCCUAUAUGGACUUCUCAUCCUCCUGCCUGCCUCGGGGGACCGCCACAGAACCUCACAGGUCCACACACUCUGGAGGAGCCAAGGCAUCCGCUUCACCAUCCUCCAGCGACGAGGGAGGACUCUCUGGAGGGAGGAUUAGAAAGAACCGCUCCAAGAACCCCAGCAAGCAGAGACAGAGUGCCAGCGAGAAGGAGAAGCUGAGGAUGAGAGACCUGACCAAAGCCCUCAACCACCUCAGGACCUACCUGCCCCCCUCUGUGGCUCCGGCUGGACAGACUCUGACCAAGAUCGAAACCCUGCGCCUCACCAUCGGCUACAUCUCCCACCUGUCGGCCCAGCUAGAGCUCAGCGAGGAGGCUGUGUGUCAGAGGAAGGAGCUGAACCUUAACGUGUCGGGACACCACGUAUCACCUCAACAAGACUCUGUGGGCCUGUGCCAGUUCAACACCUCCUCCUCAGGGUACUGCUGGGCUACGCCCACGUACCCGCUCCACAACACUGGAAUGGAGAGACACCCACUCAGCAGUGAGAUGGACACGUGUGCUUACGACAACAGCUUCAACUCCAGUAUGGAUUCGCUGUUGGAAUCGCCAGAGUACGCAGAGGCUGCACAGUCAUGUCAGUUCCACAACCACUGCAAUCCACACUCCCGGGGUGGGAAAGGUAGAGGUGCCAAAUAG